CCGUUGGCGAUGAUGGCCGCGACCACAGCGCCGAUGACAAUGACGGCCACCACUACUACCGCACCAAUGACUCCGACCGUGGGAUCGGCGGCGCUGGCCGGCGGUGGUUGUGAUACUGGAGUUCCUAUGGCUGUGUCGGGUCAGGCGAUUGUCGGCACUGAACACUCCUCGAGUGAUAAUACGCCGAAGACAUUGGCCAUUGAUAUCGACGCGAUGUCCGACGCGAAUCCAGACAUGAGUAUUGAAUCAAUCGUUACCACCGAUGAAAAGGAGAUUUGCAGAAGUGAUUUGAUUGCCAUUCAAUACGAAGAAGAGAUACGUGAGUUGCGCGAAGACCUGGAUCUGCUCUGUUUGCUCACUGUCCACGAGAUUAGGGUCACACACGAGGAUCAGAUCAAUGCGAAAAGUCAUCUGAUAUUGACGUCCGACGAAGAGUCGGCCGAAGAGGAGGCGAUGGCAGCGGAAGACAUGGAUGUGGACGGCGACGAGAAAUCGUCGGCCAAAUCGCGGAACAAGUGUCGGAUCUGCGGCCGAAAGUUUGACUCCGAGCCGUUACUCGACGCUCACUGCAAACUCCACAAAACAUUUGAUGGCCAACAGGUCCGCUGCGCCGAAGACAUGUGCGGCCAUCAGUUUGACACUAAUCACGAGCUUAGAGAUCACUUAAAACGGGUUCAUUUGGGUCGCGGGGGCGGAGGGGGCGGACCCGCGACGACCGGUAGGCCUAAUAGCAAUACUCCGAAGGCAUUUGAGUGCAAAGAGUGUCCCACUAAGCGGUUCCCGUCGAUGCAAAGUUUGCGUCUGCACCAGAAGUCCGUACAUAACAUGAUUUCGUGGUUUAAAUGCAAAUUCAGUGGUUGUGACGAAAAGUUUGAGAAACCUCUGGAGCUUAAGGCACACGAGGCUAAGCACCGGAAGGAUCACACCGUUAUCGAUUUCCGGCAGCCGAAGAAACCUGCGCUCAAUUCUGAUCCCAAGAGUCAGAUGGAGUUAUUGGAGAUGUUUUUCGCCUUCAACAAGAAGAAGACUGAGACGUGA